CUCCGCGGAAUCCACACGCGCGCGUAGUGCCCACUAUUGUAUACAAAAAACGUGCUGUGUUCACAUUUAUCACAUAAAAACUAUCGGAUUUUCUCUCCUGUAAGUCAUUAUCACCUAAGACGGCUGCCGACGCGGCCAACACAACCCGGCCUUCGCUUCGCGGAAUAUGGAUCUGUAACUAAGUCCCACAAUGAGGUGUCUGUGAUCUAAGCACGAGGCAGUCGCCUACACAACCAGAAUGACGUCCGAGCGCGCCAUCCCGCACCUGCGGGACAUCUUCGGCCUCAACCAGCAGUACGACACCAAGAGCUUCGAAGACGACGACAAAGGCAAGAAGUCCAAGAAAAAGAAGGACGAUUACCGCACCUACACGAACGGUGACGUCAAAACCUUAGAACGACACCUCAGCAUGAAGAAGACUAUACGGAAGAAGAUCAUGCGGGAUCUCCAGCAGGCGUUCGUUGAAGACCCUAACGAGUUUAAGGUCGAGAACACGAGCCCUGAGAAACUAAAGGCAGAAUUGAGCGCCGAGGCUGUGAAAAUUGAGAAGAACGUACGGAAAAAUGAUCCGACGUUCCUGGACAUGCUGCGAGGAGAGACGAGGGGCGAGGAGGCCAGGGAGGAGCAGCCGCCGGCGGAGAAGACCAGCUUCUGGCGGCGGCUCACCAUGAAGAAUAAGAACAAGAGAUAAAGCAUGCGUUGCCGAUACUCCAUUCUCAUCAAGAUUACUGGCCAUCUAGAAGAUUGAUAAAUUUAAUGUUUGGGAAAACUACUUGGCACCACUACCUACGAUAUAAGUUUAUAGUUUUAUUUGACGACCGGUCUGGCUCAGUCGGUAGUGACCCUGCCUGCUGACCCGCGGUCCUGGGUUCGAAUCCCGGUAAGGGCAUUUAUUUGUGUGAUGAGCACAGAUAUUUGUU